GGAGCGAUGUUGGUCAGUUUCCAGGAAACCGGCCGCACACGUUCAAUCUGCCCGAUGUCCUUUCUUUAUUGUCAUUUUUCUCUUUUUCAUUCACAAACAAGAGAUGCAAUCUCGCUGUUAACCGACGUCUCUUGAAUCUGAAAGAUCCCGUUUUCAAGUUCUUCCUUCGUUUUCUACUUUGGCCUUCUGAUUUGAGCAUUCUUGAAUUGGCUUACUGGUACUCACGCAUUAAGUUAAUUCAUGCUGGAUUCGAAAUAUUGACAAUCCCUAGCUGGGGUUCGACGGGCUUUUAGCUAUUUUUAUUGAGAUUUUCAGUCGUUCAUUCUUUCCGGGUUUUCUUUGGUGAAUUCGGUAUUCACUAUCGUCGUCUGUGAGGCUGAACUUGAUGGGAAAGAGUUGAUAAUGAUGCCCAGGUAUUGAAAUUUAUUGACAAUUGCGAGUGGGUAUUGAAGUUGAACUUCAGUUCCAUCUUACUGGAUCUUCCUCUCAUUGUGGUUCUUCGGAUUGGUAGCUGAACCACGACCAGGAGAACUAUGAAACUGUCUAGGGAAGAAUUACACACUGAUGGAGAAGGAGAGGGAGAGGAUAUGGAUUUGGAACGCAGUACUCUGAAGGAAAACUCUCUUUCCGCGAGUCAAUUUCCUGAUGUUGUGAGGGAUAGAGCCUAUAUUUUUGAUGGAGAAGGGAAUUAUUAUAUCAAGGAAUGGGAUCUUGUAGAGGGAAGCGGCAAAGAAUUUUGUUGGUACCAUGUGCAGCUUCCAAAAGGGAACCAGAAGUUGUCACAAUCCGCACAAUAUCUCAUUGAUCUUCUUUGCCCUCCCCUGAAACUCCAGGACAUCCUCUCACUUGUCAGCAAUGGACCCUUUUGCGGGCAUGUAGAUGGUGCUCUUGUUUUCAGGGUUAAUUCACCAGGCCCCGCCUCUGGGAAAUUUACAAUCAGAAUUGCAGCAAGAGUUACUGAGAAUUCGGUAAUUACAGUCUCAUUGGGCCGUGUCCCUAGAUUAGGUUUCUCUCCCAUGGGUAACUCUAUUCUUUCAGAUAUUCCAAGGAUGGAGAGAUCCAGUCUUGUAAAAGGUGAGAGGCAGCAUGGGGGUGAGACUGUGAUUAAGGAGCAUGUUCUUGAAUUUUUAUUGACCAUGAACCAUUCUGAGGGAGCUGAUAAUCCUGUGCCAAAAUCUGUCUCGAAUCUUGUUGUUCACAUCAUUGACACACAUGUUGAUCAGCUCCAAGACAUUGUGACUAAGCUAGAGAUUGAGCUUGAUGCAGUGGAGUUUGAACUGGAUAGAGGUGGUUUUGCCUUGAAAAAACAAAUGCUAGAUGAUAGAAGAUUCCCAAAAAUGCACCUAGACUUACAGCGCCUCUUGCAGGUGAUUGCGCAUGGGGAGCAAGUAUUUCCUCGAGUCAAGGAAAAGUGUUUUUCAAAACAUUGGUUUGCUCAUGAAGACAUUAGUUCUCUUGAAGAGUUAAUUGGACGCCUCAGGAGGCUAAAGGAGAAUGUUGGGUUUAUAGCCAAUCGUGUCACCGCAAUCCAGGCUGGUCUAGAUAGUUGGCAGGCGGAACAAAUAAAUAGGAAACUGUACUACCUGUCUUUCCUUUCAAUCAUAUUCCUCCCUCUAUCCGUAAUAACUGGAGUGUUUGGGAUGAAUGUUGGAGGAGUUCCUUGGACAGCACAGAAAGACCCAAAGCUGAGGGAUGGCUUCCGCAAUGUCAUGAUGCUCUGUGUUGCAAUGCUUCUUUUUGUCCUUUUAUGCUUCAGCAUCCCAGCUCUCUAUACUCGUAUAGCUGCUUGGAGGAGAAAAAAAGCUUUGAGGAGAAGCUGGUCUCUCAACAGGAAAUCCCUUCUUAGGAGAACCCUAGGAGGUGGAGAAAGAGGAGGUUACCUCCGGCUCUAAAGAAACAAUAAGGGGCAACUCUGUUUCAUGCGUAAGCAAUGGAGAUGAAGAUUGUUCCAUACCAGAUUGUCAGGGCUCCCAAUGGGAAUGCUUGGAUGGAAGCCAAUGGACAACAAUAUUCCCAAGCCAAAUUGGUGCCUUUGUCUUAACCAGGAUGAAAGAAACUGCUGAGUUAUACCUUGGAAAGACAGUUAUAAAAGUUGUGAUCGCUGUACUGGCUUAUUUCAAUGAUGGUCAGAGAAGAGACAAGCAACAAAGGGUGCUGGGCGAAUUGCCAGCCUCGAUGUUCAGAGAAUCAUUAAUGAGUUUACUGCUGCUGCAUUUUCACAUCAUUUGAACAGGAAGGAAGGUCUUGUAUCAAUUUUGACCUUGGUGGUGGAACCUUUGCUGUUUUAAUUUUUGAGAUUUCUAAUGGUGUUUUUGAGGUAGCAGCAAUUCGUUCACUUCUUGUUUUGGUGCAUCCACAGUAACUCUUUCAUUCGUAGAUCAAAGCAACAAAUGGCAAUACACUCUUGGGAGGAGAGGACUUUGACUAUGCUCUUUUGGAAUUCCUAGUGAAUGAGUUCAAAAAAACUGAGGGAAUUGAUCUAUCAAAGGAUAGGCUUGCUCUCCAGAGGCUCGAGGAAGCUGUUGAGAAGGCUAAGAUUGAAUUAUCAUCAACAUCCCAGACUGAGAUAAGCUUGCCAUUUAUCACAACCAAUGCCUCUGGAGAAAGCACUUGCAUGUCAGAUUGACCAGAUUGAAGUUCGAAAAAUUAGUUAAUCCCUAGAUUGAUAAGGCAAGUUCUCCAUGCAAGAACUGUUUGAACAAUGCUGACAUAACAACCAAAGAUGUGGCUGAGCUUCUUUUUGUGGGAGGAAUGGCCUGUGUUCCAAAAGUGCAGGAAGUGGUUUCAGAAAUAUUUGGAAAGAGCCCAAGCAAAGGGGUGAACCAUGAUGAGGCAGUUGCCAUGGGAGCUGCUAUCGAGGGUAGUAUUCUUCGUGGGGAUGUUAAGGAGUUGCUCCUGCUAGAUGUCACUCCAGUCUCACUUGGUAUUGUGAGGCUAGGUGGUAUCUUCACCAUGUUGGUCAACAGCAAGACAACCAUUCCAACAAAGUAAAGCCAGGUGAGACCUCAACCCUCAAUUUCCAAUACUAGUGCUCUCCUUGUUAAUUUGAGAUUGAUUGUUGUUGUUGGGAGUGGGCAAUUAAUGCUUGAAUAUCUGCAUUAAAAUGAACUAGUGGUGGCUAUAAACUAUAAAGAACAAAUUGGACAUUAACUGAUGGGACUCUGCCAUACUAUUUCCUGGUAUUUCUGUAAUUCUGAAUGUUAUUUGUUGUGUCGUGUUAUUAAAAGCAAAUGACAACCAAACACAAGUGAUUAUUAAGGUACUGCAAGGUGAAUGUGAGAUGGCAGCUAACAGUAAGAUGCUC